UGGAAAUAUUCUCUGAUACCAUUCAAAUGAGAGGAUAUUAAUAGCAGCGCAACCUUUCAGAAAUCUCUAAAAUAAUACAGUUAACAACAUUGGAACCCAUUCCUGCAAGGGGGAGACGGGGAUGCAAUCAGGAUCUAUCUAUCCACCAAGAACCAAACAAUCAAACACACUGGCUUCACCCACGCAGGUUUCUCUAAACGGGUCAAUCUCGGCAAUCUCAGUUUUCAGGAAUGUAGUAUACGGCGGCUCCAUUUCCACACAAGGGGAUAAAUGCCAGGCAGACGAAGGAAUGAUGGAAAGGAGGGGGAGGAGAGGGAGGGCUUCGGCGUGUGGCGAUUUGAAGGUGAUACGCAACUUCGUGUGUUUCAAGCUAAAUAAAGAACGAGCUACGUUUUAUAUUUAUUAUUCAUUUCCCGGAUCUUUCCUCGUAUAUUUAAUAAUGCACGCCGGAAACUCAUAGGGUACAUUACAUAGACGACAGACAUCAUAGAACAGGAGGACGGCGACAACUUCUCAAACAAUAAUAAUGAAUGAUUCUUUGAAGCUCCGAGAGUCCCUCCGGCUCCAGAUAUGUAAGAGCGAAUGCACCAAAUCGACCGAUCAAUCGAGGCCCCUCUAAUUUUACCCCCGGUUCAUGCGAUAUGCUUUGUGCUCGUGGCGUGUUGUAUCACCUUAAUGUUGGUUAUCGAGUGUAGGGGUUUGGGGUGGGACGGGAGAGAAAAGAGGAGAGGGGUAGAGAAAGAGAGACAAGAAAAACGUGGUUCUUGAUAGGGCGGGAAUGCAUGAUUCGCCAUGUGUUUCUUGUUGUUGGAAAUGUUGCAUUCGCAUAGGGUUUUGUGUUACACACCUCUUUUUUUUUUUUUUUUACGGCGGCGUAGUUUUGAUUCUUUUUUUUGGGGUUUUUUUUUCCCCCCUUUUUGGAAUUUCUAAUUUUAUUCCUUCUCAUACGGAAGCAUAGAGAAGACAAGAGAGGGGUGGCCCCAAGCCAAUAUGAUUUAGACUAUUUCUGCCGAGAAUGCACUUUUGCUUUGUUACACCAGAACCUCAGAAAUACACAUGGCAAAUGACUGAUGACCAUUGUCAUGGCAUCACAUAGCAUAGCACAGCAUAGCACAGCAUAGCAUAGUAUAGCAUGAGAAAAGACCUUUUCUUAACUCUGACAGAUUUUUAAAAGUGGGUCUCAGAAGUGUUGUUGGGUGAAAAUUGACAUGCUCUCAUUUAAUUGUCCCAUGGCAAAGCGAUCCAUAGAAAAUGAUCUGCUGCGCAGUCAUCUGGCACCAGGUAUAUAAAUGUAUAUAAAUGAGACCUUGAGACCUGCAUACCUCCCCUCUCUGUUGAGUAAUGUAAUGUAUGUGGCACAUGGUGUUAAAAAAGUCAGAAACUGAGAUGAAAGACCUGCCUUUUUUUUUUUUUCCUAGAAAGCGUAUAAUCUAUCAAAUCACAAAAAUAAAUGAAAAAAGUGAGACGUUAUUUUUUACCAUUGUAUGCAUGAGAUGCAUGGAAUAUUGAGAUAUAAUUGAAUUAUUCUUCUUUCAGUGUAAAACAAUGAAGUCAAUUGCAUUCUUUGUUUCAAUUGACAUGAACAAGUUCCUUCCUUCCUCAACCACAGCAUUUCCUCAAAACAAUGCUGUGUUUCAAUAUAUUUUACUACCAUGGCUAUGACUUCUAUGAGUGCAUGAAACUAAUAAGCCUUCUCUCGGGUGAAGGAAAGGAAAUCACUGCCACAUGAAGGAGACAGAUAUCACGUUGCAUAUGAAGAGAAUACAACCAAUAAAACACAAUGAUUUUGUUUUGAGAGCUGUAAAAUAAAACAAGCCAUAAAUAAUAGUUUAAGUUCAUGA